UGAGUCUUUUAAAAGAAGGUUGGACUUUUACUUUAGUUACAUUAAUAUUAAAGAUUAUUUCGGGUGUUAUGUAUACCAAUAAUCUUAAGUAUUAAUAUGUAAGAAUGCUUGUAACUACCCAAACACAAGUCCGAAAGGAUACAUAAUUCGUUAAUUGUACCAAGCAAUGUUUGAAGUUUGAGUUUCGCUUUUGUGGUACUUUCAGUCGUGCGUUACGCUGAUGGCCAAAAGCAAUAAUUCUGUUUUCGACCCAUGGAAUACUUUUUACGAAACCCCAGAAGAGCAAGCUGCCAUAAAACAGAGAGCGAAAAUGAGGGAUGCAAUGAAGGUUGAGUACAGGAAACGAUAUACAAAUCCAUUCAACCCCCCAAUGGGUCAUUUGCACGAUCCUGCAUUGCAACACCAUUUUUCAGCCCAGGUUACAUAUGCAGAAUAUUUACGUCCAUCCCCCAAAUUGGGACUAAUCGCCCUUGGAGUUUUAGGCGUAGGGUGUCUAGCGAUGGUAAUAAAAGGAAGGCUUAAGCAUCACUGUUAUACACGUAUUAUCGUGUUGUGACUUAUUUAAAGAAUCUAAUUACACGGAACUACUGAAAUUCCAAAACUUCUGCUAUUCACUACUUCCACUGUUUAAAUCUUAUGUCAAAUUGAACAACAGGCUUCCUUAACCAGGACUUUGGCAUCUCUCACCAUCCAUAUGCGUCGUGUCUCCCAAACAUCCAUGUAAGUUAGAAGUCCGGUUGUUCACUUGACCUCACCUAGUCAGUAUAAAGGACCAACUCAGUUGGUCCUCUAUGUACCUGGGAGCUCGACAUCUACUUCUUGUGGUAUAGCACUAAGUUCAAAAGCAAAAUAGGUUCUCUUAAACAGUAUUAUGAUAGACAAUCACUUGUGUGCUGUCCGAUUAAACGGGACAGUUACAAAUCAGAAAGAUAGGGACAUAUAUCACCACUUUUUCGUCCAGCCCCCUCCAUACGGUCCCACUCAAUGCAGCUCAAAUAAAGCGAAAGACAAAUUUUAUAGAAAACUUUCCACCUUCCAGUAGCUAAGUGCUUAGAUGUAGUAACGACAGGGUGAUUUUAAUGUCCAUUUAAGUGGUCUGAAUCAGACUGAAAGGCAUCUGUGCGGGUCUCACAGUAUCGUAGCUCAUCGAUAGAUAGUGGCGACCGACUACUGCAACUGUGCCCAGAUAACCGUUUAUUUCGAACAGGCAUCAGCUUUAAGCACAAGGAAAGACAUCGUCCAACAUGGCGGCCCGCAAGAUGGACAACUUAUUAGAUUUAUAAGAAAUCACGCUGUAACUACGAGCAGUGGUAGUAGCGAAAGCAAAAGAGAUGGAAAAGACAGGGGGAAUAGAUAACUGUAGACAACUAUUCAGACUCAUUAAGGAAACAGGUGUUAAAAAUCCAACUGUUAGGGGAACUAUUUUAUAAAACGAUGUGACCACUAUUCACUCUCGAUCCGGGGGAUUAGACUGAUAGCUAAAAAAUUUCAAGCAACAGUUCAGUUGAGCUCCAACUACACUCUGUUUGCCCAAUAUUUCCAAACAACCUAAAUGGUAAGUUAACGCAAGCCUCUAACUCUUAGUGUGGCUGAAAAGACCAUAGGCAACCCGGAGCAAGGUAGAGCUGCAAGUGCAGAUGUAAUUAUGCUGGUGAGUUCUAAGGAUGGGGUCCAGUUUAAGCAGUAAGACUGACAGAAAUCCUAGAAUUCGGGAACUGGACAUGAUUCCACUUGACUAGUCUGGAUUGCUGGUCGUCUUAGUUUAUUAGAAAGGACAAAAUUCCUCUUGCGACAACCACAGAGGAAUCGGCCUGAUUAAUAUAGUGUCCAGAAUAAUAAUCUCUGUAAUAACUCAACUGUUAACUAAGGCCCGUGAAGAGAAAACUUGGGGAAUAAAAUCUGGUUUCAGACCUGGACGUGAGUAUGUAGACCAGAUCUUCACUCUUCCUCAAGUUUUAGAACCCAGAUAUGCUUUCCGACUCUCAACUAUAAUUGUAUUCCUUGGUCUUAAAGUAGCGUUCGCCCCUGUUGAUCAUUAGUUUUUGUGGCAAUGGUUGUUUUUAAAAGGUUUCCCGAGGAAGUACAUCAAUCUUACACAGGCUGUUUACCCGAACACUGCAGGUUUAGUAAGAGCUUAUAGCGAACUGUCAUCAGAAUUGUCAACUUCAAAUGUGCGGGCAGUUAUCGUUCCUGAAGAGAUUUUAGUAUUUCUAAUAAAAUUUAACUAUUCUUGUGACCGCCUUAGCAUUUCACCAGGGUUGUCCACUUUAUUUAUAUCUGACUUCUUCAUAGACAUCUCUUUAAAGACAACACUCGUCUAACUUUUUUGGAGGUUGGCCUCGUAACCUGAAAUUCACUCAUCGACUCGCAAUACUCAGAUGACACGAUUCUAUUAGGUGAAAACGCUGACAAAGUGUAGAGUUUCCUAACCACCCUAAGCAAUAGUGCCACCAUGUUUGGGAUGAGAUUCGUUCGCAUUAAAUAUAAAAUAUUUCUUCAGGACUUCAACACUUCAGUUAGUAAUAGAAAGUGAAGUAGUUGAGUGCGCUAACCACUUCACUUAUCUUGCAAAUCUUAUCAGAUCUGAUGUACUGGUGUCUGACAAAUUCUCAACACAAAUCCGAAAAGUUCUUUUGACUUUAACCAACUUGUAUAACCCGUGGUUUAGGCAAGCCGUUCGUCUACCGAAUCAAAGGAAGAGUUUACCGUUCAAUAGUUUACUCUGUUCUAUUUUAUGGGUGUCGAAAAUAGCCAUUAGGAAGAGAGGAUAGUCAUAGGUUACUGGUACUCGAUCAUAGGUGUCUUCAAACCAUUGCUCGUGUAUUUUGAGACUUCAGAGUGAGCAGUGCUAAAGUUAGGCAUAAGGGACUUGUGGGAGAUAGAAAAUUGGCUGAUGAGGUAGUAAAUCUUUAUCCACUGAAGCGGUUGGGACAUAUGUUACUUAUAUCCAAUCACCCUUUACCUUGGCGCGUGAUGUCUGGUGUAGGAGUAGGCUGGGAGAAAGCUAGUGGCGCUCAAAACAAGGGAUGGCAUAAAAUAGUGAAGUCGCUGAUCGUUGGAUUAAGUCAUGUAGGUAAGUGUAGAUUACCUGAUUGAGGUCCACGCAAUUAUCGUAACCAGUCGUUAGAGACUGGGUGUCAUUGCUCAGAAUCGUCCAUAAUGGUGCAGGUGCAUUCUGAUUUUAUCUUCCUUUCGUUCUCGAAUCCCGACAUUCCACAUUUUUUUGUUCCGAUUAUUUUCUACCACUAUUGAUGUAGUAAACAGAACACAGGUGGGGACAACGGAAUGCAUUUGACACAAAAUUACAGGACUUGUUAAUAAAAUCUAACAAUCAAAUAGUAAAUACGUAAUUUGCAAAAUGUCCAUCGAUUGUCUCAUAAUGACUCAGAGUUCAUUGUUCUUUCAUUUUCAUACAAAUUGCAUUCUGUUCCCAUUCUUUACUGUUCGAUCCUCUUGUCUCUCCGCUUCCAGACAUUCUGUUCAAGAAUAACGUCAUAUACUACUUAUGUCGAUAUAAGUAGCACACACCACACUGAUACUGGUUAUCACUUUUAGUACUCUGCGAUUUAUCUUGAUAAUUUUAUCUUGCAGUUCCCAUGUGGUGUUGCAACUUAAGUUGACUAGUAUAUCAGGUUCUACGUUGUGUAUGACUGACAGCUGCGUAAGUCACUUAGUGUUAUGUGGAAUAUGUUGCUAGGUAAUCUAAAUAUGGUAAGAUCUACUUGAGCUAAACAUCCCAAUACUCUUGAAUAUUUUAGUAACUUAUUGUCUAACCAAACAAAUAUAAUGUUGUUUUAAUCACCUAAUCUUACUCUCAAAUGGAGAGACCAUUAAUAAUUAAGUACACGCAUGCGGCAAUCGAAAAAUGAGACAGUAAUAAUUCAUAGGAUUAUUGAUUUUAUAUAUUUCACGUCGUUGUGUGUAUUUAUUCUCUGUCACUGUAACCGUAAUGUAGGAGGGAAACUAGUAUUGUUCUUUUUAAUUAAAGUUUAAACAAUAAUCCAGUAUAAAUUGUUAUAAAGAACUUUUAGAUUGUUCUAAACUAUUAUUAGUUUUCACAUGCUUAUAUUGUAUUUGAUUCAAUACCAUAUGGUUAUUUGACUUUUGUUUUUCCUAAUAGAAACGCCGGUUCCAAGAAUAUGAUUGUGGUGAAUUGACUUAUCGAGAAAGAUGGGGAGGAAAUACAUGGUUAUAAAACUCUGUAUGAUUUCUUUUAACUUUGUAACCAAUUCAUUAGUUAAUUGAAAUAAAUUAGAUCACCUUAUAACCAUACUUUUUUUUCAGUCUUAUAGGGAUGUUUAGUAUAAAAAAAUAUAACGCUAAAUAAUGAACUCUAUUUUUUGGGAAGAGUGGAUGUUUUCAAUUAGGUUUAAACUAUGAACUUACC